AGAGAGAGAGAGAGAGAGAGAGAGAGAGAGAGAGAGAGAGAGAGAGAGAGAGAGAGCGAGCGAGAGCGAGAGAGCGAGAGAGCGAGCGAGAGAGCGAGAGUCAGCCCUGCAGUGAAAGCAGCUCCAGUUUCCAGCCCCCCGGGUCAUUGGAGCCCAUGCAUUUCAGAAGGAAAACUUGUAUUUCUCUCUCCUGGCUUUGAUCUUUUCCAUAAAUCAGACCUUCGGAAGGACGAGGACGACAGACGGAGGGAGGGAGAGAGCGAGGGAAGAUGCGAGAUGAGAGCCCCUUUGGCAACCUGACCAUUUCUUUGGACAAACCUGGAGAGCUUUUCUUAUCGGCUCUGGGAACUGAGGAGGAGCCUCUGUGUGUGUAUGUGUGUGUGUGUGAGUGUGUGAGUGCAAGGGUUUGUGUGCAUACACGGCGAUUGUGAGUGUGCAUGUUGGGAUGAGUGUGUGAGCGCUUGUGUGUGUAUGUGUGUGUGUGUGUGUGUUUGCAUGUGCGCGUGAAUGUUUUUGAGAAACAGACAUACAUAUAUUUAAAGAGAAGUCCUGAAAAACUGAAGCAGGUUGCUGUGCUUUUUUUGGAGGGAGGGGGGAUGUCUAAUCUUUUUUAAGACAAGCUGACUGAAGCCAGCUCUCAUUUGCCUUCUACCCCCUCUGCAAAUGAAGAGAAUUCUUCCUGCAAGCUAGAAGGUUUUUUCCCCCUUUUCCCUUUCUGCAGCCAAGUGAAACUGAUCAGUCCCCAAACCUUGGAAAUCGACUUGACUCCUGCUAUUGCUGGGAGGACCAGGGAAGAAAUCGGGGGAAAAACAGAUAGGGGUUUGUGUAGCCCCUUCAGAAAAUGUCAUCUCAAACUAAGUUCAAGAAAGACAAAGAGAUCAUAGCUGAAUAUGAAACACAAGUCAAAGAGAUCCGGACUCAGUUGGCUGAGCAGUUUAAAUGCCUGAGCAGCAGUCCGAGUCGAGGCUGCAGCUGCUGCAGGAACCUCCAGGAGUUCUUCCGAAGGAAGGCAGAGAUUGAGCUCGAAUAUUCCCGAAGCCUGGAGAAACUGGCCGAGCGUUUCUCCUCCAAGAUUCGUGGCUCUCGAGAGCAUCAGUUCAAGAAGGAUCAAUACCUCCUCUCUCCUGUGAAUUGCUGGUAUCUAGUGUUGAACCAGACCCGGCGUGAGAGUCGGGACCAUGCUACCCUCAAUGACAUCUUCAUGAACAACGUCAUCGUCCGCCUCUCCCAAAUCAGUGAGGAUGUUAUCCGGCUCUUCAAAAAGAGCAAGGAAAUUGGGUUACAGAUGCAUGAAGAGCUGCUGAAGGUGACCAACGAAUUAUACACAGUCAUGAAAACCUAUCACAUGUACCACGCAGAGAGCCUCAGUGCAGAGAGUAAGUUAAAAGAGGCUGAGAAGCAAGAGGAGAAGCAGUUCAACAAGUCGGGGGACCUUGGCAUGAAUCUGCUCCGCCACGAAGACCGGCCUCAGCGCAGGAGUUCCGUCAAGAAGAUGGAGAAGAUGAAGGAGAAGAGGCAGGCCAAGUACUCGGAAAAUAAGCUGAAGUGCACCAAGGCCCGGAAUGAUUAUUUGCUGAACCUAGCGGCCACCAAUGCAGCCAUCAGCAAAUAUUACAUCCAUGAUGUCUCCGAUCUAAUUGACUGUUGUGAUCUGGGCUUUCACACCAGCCUGGCCCGAACCUUCAGGACCUACCUCUCAGCUGAGUAUAACCUGGAGACCUCCCGCCACGAGGGGCUGGAUGUCAUCGAAAAUGCAGUGGACAACCUAGAUGCGAGGAGUGACAAGCACACUGUCAUGGACAUGUGCCACCAGGUCUUCUGCCCGCCGCUCAAGUUUGAGUUCCAGCCCCACAUGGGGGAUGAGGUGUGCCAAGUGAGCGCCCAGCAGCCAGUCCAGACAGAGUUGCUCAUGCGCUACCACCAGCUCCAGUCUCGCCUGGCCACCCUCAAGAUAGAGAAUGAAGAGGUUCGGAAAACACUGGAUGCCACCAUGCAGACCCUCCAGGACAUGUUGACAGUGGAGGAUUUUGAUGUCUCUGACGCCUUCCAACACAGUCGAUCCACAGAAUCAAUCAAAUCUGCUGCAUCUGAGACGUACAUGAGCAAGAUCAACAUUGCCAAGAGGCGAGCCAACCAGCAGGAAACCGAAAUGUUUUAUUUUACGAAAUUUAAAGAAUAUGUCAAUGGCAGUAAUCUCAUCACCAAGCUGCAGGCUAAGCAUGACUUACUGAAGCAGACCCUUGGAGAAGGUGAAAGAGCAGAGUGUGGCACCACAAGGCCCCCAUGUCUUCCCCCUAAACCACAGAAAAUGAGGAGACCUAGGCCUCUCUCAGUGUAUAAUCAUAAACUCUUUAACGGCCGUAUGGAAACGUUCAUUAAGGAUUCAGGGCAGGCUAUACCACUGGUGGUGGAAAGCUGCAUCCGCUAUAUCAAUUUAUACGGUCUCCAGCAGCAAGGUAUCUUUCGAGUGCCUGGAUCGCAGGUCGAAGUCAAUGACAUUAAAAAUUCCUUUGAGAGAGGUGAAGAUCCCCUGGCGGAUGACCAAAAUGAAAGGGAUAUUAAUUCAGUAGCUGGUGUCUUAAAGCUGUAUUUCCGAGGACUGGAAAACCCACUCUUUCCCAAGGAAAGGUUUCAAGAUUUGAUAUCCACAAUCAAAAUGGAGAGCCCCGCCGAGAGAGUGCACCUGAUCCAGCAGAUUCUCGUCACUUUGCCCCGAGUGGUCAUCGUAGUCAUGAGAUACCUCUUCGCUUUUCUCAACCACCUGUCCCAGUAUAGUGAUGAGAACAUGAUGGAUCCCUACAACUUAGCCAUCUGCUUUGGGCCAACCCUCAUGCACAUCCCAGAUGGACAGGAUCCCGUGUCAUGCCAGGCUCAUGUCAAUGAAGUCAUUAAAACCAUCAUUGUCAAUCACGAGGCCAUCUUCCCCAGCCACAGGGAACUGGAAGGGCCAGUGUAUGAGAAGUGCAUGGCUGGCGGCGAAGAAUAUUGUGACAGUCCACAUAGUGAGCCGGGGACAAUUGAUGAGGUCGAUCAUGACAAUGGCGCAGAGCCUCAUACUAGUGAUGACGAAGUGGAGCAGAUCGAAGCUAUUGCCAAGUUUGACUAUGUGGGACGGUCCCCCCGAGAGCUGUCCUUUAAGAAGGGGGCCUCGCUCCUCUUGUACCACCGAGCCUCAGAAGACUGGUGGGAGGGCCGGCACAAUGGAGUGGACGGACUCAUCCCCCAUCAGUACAUCGUUGUGCAAGAUAUGGAUGAUGCAUUCUCGGACAGCCUGAGCCAGAAGGCUGACAGUGAAGCCAGCAGUGGGCCCCUGUUGGAUGACAAAGCCUCUUCCAAGAACGACCUCCAGUCCCCCACAGAGCACAUCACUGACUAUGGAUUUGGGGGAGCGAUGGGCCGAGUACGGUUGAGAUCAGAUGGGGCUGCCAUCCCCCGUCGCCGGAGUGGGGGUGACACACACAGCCCACCUCGGGGCCUGGGCCCAGGGAUAGACACCCCACCUCGAGCAGCUGCCUGCCCCAGCAGCCCCCACAAAAUCCCCCUCAACCGAGGCAGGAUCGAGAGCCCAGAGAAGCGGAGGAUGGCAACAUUCGGAAGUGCCGGCAGCAUCAACUACCCGGACAAGAAGCCCCUUGCCGAUGGGCACCCGCUGAGGUCGACCUGCGGCUCCACUCGGCACAGCAGCCUCGGAGACCACAAAUCUUUGGAGGCUGAAGCCCUGGCAGAAGAUAUCGAGAAGACCAUGAGCACGGCCCUCCAUGAACUUCGAGAGCUUGAAAGGCAAAACACCGUCAAGCAGGCUCCAGAUGUGGUCCUGGACACUCUAGAGCCCAUGAAGAACCCACCCCUGGGCUCCGUCAGCUCAGAGCCCGCCAGCCCCCUGCACACGAUCGUCAUUCGAGACCCAGACGCCGCCAUGCGCCGAAGCAGCAGCUCCACCACGGAGAUGAUGACGACGUUCAAACCUGCGCUGUCAGCGCGGCUGGCGGGGGCCCAGCUCCGACCCCCGCCCAUGCGGCCCAUCCGCCCCGUCGUCCAGCACCGAUCCAGCAGCAGCAGCAGCUCAGGGAUGGGCAGCCCUGCGGUGACCCCCACCGAAAAGAUGUUCCCCAACAGUUCCUCUGACAAGUCAGGGACCAUGUAGAGCCGCAACCGCCGACGAGGAAGGAAAGCCGAGUGGUUGGCGACGACGGCGGCCACUCCUUUCCAGAGGCAGACCCCAGGCUGGGGAUGCCUUUUGAUAUCAGGAGAAGAAAAGUGGUCCAAAGACAACUUCACCAGGAAAGAUGUGGGGAACAUUGCGGUUUAUGGUAUCGGUUGCCAUCUGUAUUUAUCUAUUUGGAGAAACGGAUAGACAUUGAGUGUGUGUAUAUAUGCAUAGGAUAUAUGUACAUACACCGAAGUAAUCUGAACAGAAGCUUUUCAUAAGAUUUCGGCAAAGUGUAAAAAGGCUUAUUCUGCUUAUUGUCACUGGAAAUUAUUCUAUAUAUAUAUAUAGAUAUGUACGUAUGUGUCUGUGGGUGUGUAUAUAUAUACAUAUUUAUGCAUCUAUAUACAUAUACUAUAUAUGUAAACACACAUACCAAGUGUAUAAAGUAUCAUGUUCCUUUUUAUGAAAAUUAGAUUUACCUCAGACCUGUGCCACUAAACAUCUCCCGUAGAGUGGUUUGGGUGGAUCUGUGGGGCUUCUCUCGGAGAUUUUGGGGGCACACAGCAACUGUGCAUGAAGCAAUAGAGCACUGACCUUUGGAGAUUUCCCUUCCCUGUAAAUGGGUGUCUCGAGACUGUGGUGUGACUUCUGUAACCGUCUACUCAGAAGGGAGAUGGCAACACCACCGUCAGACAGGAUUUCCUCAGUGACUGGGGAACCCUUCAUGUCAAGCCUAAUCUACAAGAGGGAUGAGGGUCAGCCGUCUGCCAUUAAGGUAUAUUGAAAAAUGGAUGACCAGAACCUGCCACCCCACCCUACCCCCAACCACAAAACCCUUGUAUUUGUGUGUAGAAAAGGGGAUUAUAAGUAUCUAAGCCGAAACGUAGCACAGUGUUGUGUGUGUUAAAAAAAAAAAAAAAAGAAAAAAAAAAGAGAAUACAGUGGUGUUGAAUACUUCCAGACCCAACAGAGCAGUAGUAAUAAACCGAUAGAUAUAACUAUAGUGGUUUAACUUAGACUGUUUGGGAAAUCCUUAAUUUGCCUUUUUCUCUUUUUUACUAAUUAUCACCGUGUCAAAUCGGGACUAAACAGGCAAGGAGCUUUGGUUUCCAUUGGUUUAUUUCAAGUUGCACAGUAAUUCCCGAGAGUCUAACUUGGGUUGGGGUCCUCCCUCUUGCAUGAAACGCAUGAGCCAUAUUUGACCAGAUCAGACGGGAACCAGUCUGAUGGGGUAAGAGUUUGCACUUUCUGUACUGUAUAAUACAGCUGGUGGAGUUUAUGCAAAUGAAAUUGCUUUCUGUUUCCUCCCUUUGGGGAGGGGAAAAUGUGCUGAUGGAGCUGGGAUGCAUGAUUUCUUAACGGAUGUUGAUCGAGUCUUCUCUCUCCUGACUGGGUUCAGGACCCUCUGUGUUUUUCUUAGUUCAUUUUAUUUUCUCUUCUGAUCUCUUGAAUCCAUUUCCCCCAGGAAUGUGCCAAAAGCCACAGGGUACUGGAGCACAGGCAAACCCACCUUGAAUCUGAGCCCUCUUACUUAGAUAUUGAAUAUCCAUCCAGGAGAACCCUCUGCUCACCCUGUCUACUUCUUCCUCCACCUCCUCUUCCCUAGGCCUCUGAGUAUUUAUUUCCACAGCUCUGCUGAUGAGCAAGGGAAGUUCUGUUCAAACACCAGCUGGCAGCACCCUUGGACACCUUGUGCUGCUUUUAGAGGUGUGGAUGAUGGUGGGAUUUUCUUGCCCACCUCUCAAGGAGCCAGUUGUCUUCUUGCACCAAUAAUAGUAUAUGUUGCUCACAGGGCUCACUAGAUGUGUCAGAGGGAGCUUUUGCCUCAGUCCUUCUGCCCCCCACCCCCAACAUCUCCUUUAAGGAUUCCUGGAGUUCUCCCAUUAGUGAUUCAUUCCUUUAGCUUAAGCAUUGACCUUUGCAAAAUAUAACAGUAUCCCCUCCCUACAUAAAGCAUGUCAUAUUAAGUCCUCAGGUCUUAGUGUUAACGAAUGAGAUGUUUUCCUGUCUGAUAACAAGAGCCAGGGUGCAUAAGGAAGGACAUCAGGUGCCUGGAGAAGGAAAGGGUUCUGAAUGCUGUAGAAAAGGGGAGAGUAGGUAUGUAGGGAGGGGAACCAGAGACAAGUUUCACAGCCAUCAUAAUUUUGCCUGAGGCCAGAUCUGAUUUUGUGAAUUGGAAAUCUUCAUUAUAAAAAGAGGCCCAAGAUCACCUGGCUCAAUCCCCUGCUAGACCAAUAUGGCCAUUUUUGAGAUUGAGUAACCGAGAUGCAGAGAAGGGACCUUGUCCGAGGUCACACAGCUGCUAUGUAGCAGAGCCAGGGCUAAAAACUUAGGUCACUUACCUCCUAACUCAGUGUUCUGUCUACCAUUCUGUAUAAUCCCUGUAGUAAGGAACCUGGUGGUCACUUAAAAAAAAACCCAAAAAACCUUCCUGUAAGAGAGAAUUGCCCAUUAAAAAUAUGUAUAUACAGGGGGCAGCUAGGUGGCUCAGUGGAUAAAGCAACAGCCCUGGAUUCCAGAGAACCUGAGUUCAAAUCUGGCCUCAGAUACUUACACUUACUAGCUGUGUGACCCUGAGCAAGUCACUUAACUCUCAUUGCCCCACAAAUAUAUAUAUAUAUAUAUAUAUAUAUAUAUAUAUAUAUACUGGUAAAUCUUGGUCACUUAUUUGCAACUUUGUUGUAUCAUCUUCUAGGGGCUAAAGACUUCUUCCUAUCUGCCUAAGAGCUACAAGUCUAAAUUCAGUACUCCUGCCAUUUUGGCUGAGUGAUCCCAUACCACCAAGACAGCCAGUUGCAAAAUGAAAAAUUCCACCAAUCAAUGGAAUGCUUUUUUCCCCCUCUGCAAAUUUGCCUAUUAUUAUUUCCCCUCAUUGAAUUUACCAUUGAUUUGGGCUCUGGUAUAGGUGAAGCCUUACUCAUUUUCUUUUCAGCAACCCCAUUUUCUCCCUAUGGAAUUAUUUCACACUUUCUCACUCAGGAAAGGCCUCCCACCCGGGUAGAAGUCCUGUAGCUACAUUUCCAAGGUGUAUACUGACCUACCCAGGCAAAAGCAAAUGGAAGAAAAUUCAUUAUGAUCUUUUGCUCUCGAUUUCUCUCUUAGCAGCCAGGACCCAUGCAUGUUUCACAACGCGUAUCUUCCUGACCCUUGCCUGUUUUGGUCUGAUUGAUAUUGUUGUAUUUGUUGAAAUGCUAGAAAAGUAACUAUUGAAAUGUAAACUGUAUUUAAAAAAAGGCUAAACGUUAAUGGUAGCCAGUAUCACCCACCAAACCUUUGCACUUAGUAGAUAGAUCAAUAUAAAAACAAAACAACCCUUCCCUCCCCCACAAACCUAUCUUUCACUGUACAGUGUGUAUGUGGGGGAAAUGUAGCCAUUAGUUCGUAGUCCUUGGUAUAAUCAAUUUUAAAAGGGGAAGUGGUGUUUACACACUUGUCCAUAAGCGUUGUUGAAAACUGUGAUGAUCUCAAUUAGUUCUCUGGCUUUCUGGAGUUUUUUGUUCUGUUUGUUUCACCCUAGUUGAAGUCUUGAGGCCAAAGCCUUUUGUCUUUCUGGGGGGGCAGGUGCUCAGUCUGUUCUAAAGAUGAACCAGUGAGACAAUGAUUUAAAACUGACCAAAGACAUGAUUUCUGGUCCAGUUUCCCAUGUUGUCCUGGAGAGAGGACCAUCAUUUGCCAAUCUUUCUCGGGGACUUAAGAUCAAACCGUGCUUCCCACCCCGAUCCCUUCUUUUUUCUUUUUUUCUUUUCCUCUUUAGUAACUGUGGGUCUCUAUGAAAUUCUUGCCUUUUCUUGUUUUCAGGGCGAAUGUUUUCUCACCUCUAAGCGCCUUUAGAAAAUCCCAGAAUACAAGAUUGGCAUGAAUCCUGAUCAUGGGAAGUGAAUGCCCCCCGAUUUUCCCCUUUCAUACCAUUGGGCUAAAUUCCCAAGAGAGGAGGGGGCCUUUUAAUCAAGAAAUGGAGAAGUAGGAGUUGGAGGGAAAGAUGAGCCACUUUUCUGAUAUGAUGGCUUAUAACACUAGAAAGUGUUCAAAGGAGGUUAACCAAGAUGGCAAAGGACUUCGAGUCCUCACUGUAUGAUGAUUGGCUGAAGAAAUCAGGGAUUAAACAUCCUGGAGAAGAGAAAGCUUGGAGUGGGACAGGAGUGGGGUGGAAGGGGAAGACACGUGAUAUCUGUUUUGAAGUAUUUGAGGGCGGUCAUGUGGAAGACUCGUUCUUUUCUGUCUCAGAGAGCAGAACUAGGAACAUUGGGUAGAAAUGGCAAAAAAGCAAAUUCAAGCUUCCUGAAAGCAAAAAUUUCUAACGAUGAGAGUCGCCCCAAAGUAAAAUGGGCCACCUCCGUAGGGUGCCAGACUCCCUCCCUUAGAGAUCUUUCAGCAAAGACAGUAGGAGCACCUGUUGGAUGAGUUAUAGAGGGAAUUCUUUUUCAGUUAGGGGUUGGCCUACAUGACUCUGAGGUCCCUUCCCCCUCUGACAUUUUGGAUUUGUUGAUAGGAAGUGAGGGGACAGCUUGAUAGACAGCUAUGGAGCAUUUUUCUCAUGGUGUAUAACCUAAAGGGGAACAUGGGUUUCCAGAAGUUAGGAUUAACUGGGACUUUGCUAUUUGAGCUACUGGGACCAGCUGCUUAGCUGGUUUUGUUGGGUUGCCUUGUUGGGUUUUCUCAUUCUUUUAAGCACGAAUGUGAAGGCCUUCUUACUACUUGGUGGUAUGUUGGCGCUUAAAGCUCAGAACCUGGCCAAAGGACAGACCCCAAGGACAAACGUCACAGUCUCCCCCUCCACCCCAGUCUUCUGCUUCCUAAUUUUUCACCUAUUUACCUUUUCCCCCCAACAAGGAACAAUAAUAACUAUGACAAUAAUAACUCAUUUACUUAGCACUUUAAGGUUCAUAAAGCACUUCCCUCAUUAACAACUCUGUGAGGUCGAUGGUGCAAGUAUUUUUCUCUCCCUUUUGCAGACGAGGAGACCUCAGUUUAGAAUGGGGAGGUGACUUACCUGGAGUCACACAGCAGUUCAGUGUCAGAGUUCAUGCCUCCCAGGCCAAGGCCCCUUCUGCUCUCUUAGGUUGCCUCAAAGCUAUCCACUAAGAAGCCCACAAGGGCCCCAGACCUAAAAAGGGUGGUGUGGAUGGGGGAAGGGGAAGAGAGAGACAGCAGGGAACGGGAGGAGGGCUUGUGCAUGAGUUGAUUUUCUGCUGUGCAGAGCAAAUUCAGACAUCUUAAGCCUGGGUUCAAAUUCAGAGAUCUACUUCUCCUGGGUUGUCUGGGAUUUUCCAUCUGUGGGGCAACCAGUGGAAUUCUCACCUGUGCCAUGACUUCACCCAGGUUGAGCACAGGAGGGGCAGGGAGGAGUGGCAUUCCUGUAACAACUGGGACUUUCUGGGUUCCUCUCUUGCCAGCUUCCUGAGGUUGCUCUUUUCAGAAGUAGGCAGCCCACCUUCUGGUGCUGGCUUGGCAGCUCUUGCCAACCCCUCUUCCCACAUCAGCAGACUCCUCUUUCCCUUUGAACUCUCCCAUGCCAGCCACCUCCGAUGUGACUGUUCUCUGGAACCAGAACAUUAGUGCACUUUUCCUUUCCUAGACAGAAAGUAUAUCCUGGAUAGAGAUUUUUUUUUUGUACAUUUUGAACUCUAUAAUCUCCUAGCAGUGUGACAGUUUACAUGGUUUGGCAGUAGAAACAAUUCUGAUUACUUUCCAGUGGCUGGCAUUUCUUGUCUUCCCCUCCAUCCCCACUCCCACCCCAUCUCACUGUAUACAAACCAAUCUAAGCAACCUGGGGAAACUGUGCCCUCUCCUCCCCACCGCGAUGAUCAUCAUUGUUCCUCCAGAUAUUGUUUCUGUAUGAUACAACCAAAUGUUCUUCACUUAGACUGUCUGUUUGGAUCCUCUGUCCCUCCCACACACUGAUGGUGCCCUGUAGACCAAGCCGCUGGUUUGACGUGGAGCUGUCCUGUGAAAUAAAACAGCGUAACUUUCUCAAAAA